AUGUAUAGUUUAAGUGCAACUUUGUUGGGCCAUUCUCAGGAUGUUCGUGAUAUCGCCGUUGUUGACAAUGAACGUGUUGCGAGCGUAUCGAGGGAUGGAUGUGUAUGUGUGUGGAGAAAGCAGACUAAUGGAACCUGGGAUAGCACAACCAUCGAUAAAAAUGAUUCGUUCUUAAAUAGUGUCUGCUAUAACUUUGCAAGCCAGCUACUAUUUUACGGAGGAAAAGAUGCUAUGAUUAAUGGAUCUUAUCUUGAUUCUAAGCUUGGCGACGAUCCUUUGUAUACGCUAAUCGGACAUGAUGGCAAUGUAUGCAGCCUGAGUAGCGAUGGAGAAUAUGUUAUUAGUGGAAGUUGGGAUAAGACAGCUAAAGUUUGGCAACACGGUACACUGAAAUGGGAAUUAAAAGGUCAUACUGGGUCAGUAUGGGAUGCCAAGAUAAUUCCUAAUAGUGUAGAUCAGUUCCUGACAGCAUCUGCGGAUAAAAGUAUCAAGCUAUGGAAGGAGAACAAGGUACUGAAGACAUUCACAGGACUCCAUAAUGAUGUUAUAAGACAUCUGCAAGUUUUAAAAGGGGGAGACCAAUUUGCAAGCUGCUCCAAUGACGGAGAAAUAAAAGUAUGCGAUAUGAAUGGCAGAGUUUUGCGUACCUUAAGUGGACAUGAAAGUUUUGUCUACAGUAUAAAGGAAGCGCCAAAUGGCGAACUCAUUAGUUGUGGAGAAGACAGAUCUCUCCGAAUCUGGUCUCAAGACGGUUCUAUUAAACAAGUGAUUCGAUUACCUGCCAUUUCCAUCUGGUGUAUUGACAUAUUGCCAAACGGUGACAUUGCCGUGGGAAGUAGUGACAGCGUUAUCAGAAUUUUCACCAGAGACGCUUCAAGAGCUGCUUCCGAAAACGACAUACGGGAGUUUAAUAAGGAAGUUGAGAAUACAUCAAUUAAUUCAAAGGUAAUGGGUGUCGACGAGUCUAAACUCUCACCCCUUGAGGUUCUCCAACAGCCGGGAAAAAAAGAAGGUCAAAUUGUAGUCGUUAAGAAUCCUUCGGGAGUUAUUGAGGCACAUCAAUGUUCGCAAGGAAAAUGGGUAAAAGUGGGAGAUGUAAUUGGGUCCGAUAGUGGUGGUGAUAAAAAAAAAGAAUUUGAAGGUAAAAACUAUGACUUCGUAUUCGAUGUAGAUAUUGAAGAAGGCCAACCUCCUUUGAAACUUCCGUUGAAUGCUAACGAUAAUCCUUACACCGUUGCUGACCAAUUUUUGGCACGCUAUGAAUUGCCAUUUUCGUACAAGGAUCAAGUCGUUAACUUCAUUUUGAAGAAUACAGGUGGCAUCUCAUUUGAGCAAACCACUUCGCAAAGUGGGCCCGUCAAAAGCAUGAUGGUUUUACCUGUGAAAGAAUAUCUACAGAUAAAUAAUUGCAAUCCGGAGAAGAUUUUUUCCGGCAUCGUAAAACUCAAUGCUGUGGAAGGAACAUUCGAUGAUGAGGCACUUGCACAGAUUGGUGCAGCUUUUCAAAGCGUCGACGACAGCUGGGAAUUAUUGUAUUCUUUUGCAGUUAUGAUGAGAUCGAAAUGGAAAUCGAAAAUUCCAGCAUACGACAUUAUCAGAAUCAUUGCACAUAAGCUUCCAGAAGCUUCUGAUAUUAGCGAAUUCAUCGAAGAGGGCCUAGGUAACAGUAACAUAUCCAUCGUAAUGCUCACUGUCCGGAUUUUAGUAAACUGUUUCAAGAAUGAAUUUUGGGGUAUUCAUUUAAUGUCAUCAAACAAGGUGUACGAUUCUGUUUUCGAAACGAUAGAGACCCAAUUCAACAAUGCAACAAGACAACAAGCUCAAAAUCUCGCUAUCGCUGUGUCCACUCUUCUCUUCAACUAUAGUGUUCUGAUAUUGAGAGAUGGCUCCUUGCUUGACGUGAUACCAACCAUCUCAGAUGCUAUAAAUACAAAAUAUGCUCCACUGGAAGAGUAUCAGUCGUCUGAAGAAGCUGCGUAUAGAUUGUUAGUCUCGUAUGGAAAUUUAGCAACUUUAGAGCCUUCAUUACUGCAUUUCGCUAAUUCAAUCCCAUGGAUAAAAAGGCUCAAAGAAAGAUAUGGCCACAUCAGUAGAUUUAGUGCUAUAUAUGAGGAUUUAGCUAAAUAA